UGCUUAUCUGAGAAACACUAAAAUUCACUGAGAUAAACGAAUUAUAUAUAUUUUUCCAUUGAUUACAUCGGUGAUCAUUUCACACACUGUGCUAUCCGGAACGAUGGCGUAAUCUAGCACUUAAGUCUCUGUUGUUGGAGGAGUAAAAUUAAGUGUAGGACCCAAAUGUUUGUCAAAGGAAGAGAAGUGAUCAGCUGAUCUUUAAAGCUCCAAAGUUCGAGAGGAUUUUUAUUCGGGAUUUAAGCAAUUUCCAUUUUAAAAUUAACAAGAAAUGAAUAGCUCACAGGUGCCAGUCCUCGAAGAACAUAGCACUGUGGAAAAUUAUUCACGUGACAUUGCUAGAUCUGCACCAGAAGUUGGGUCUUCUCAUCCAAAGAUCUGCCGUUUUUAUUCACAGGGGAGGUAUUGCCAGUUUGGCAGAAGAUGCAGAUACUUACAUCAGAGAAUAGGACCACUGUUGCCGUCUCAAACCGAUCAGAAUCAAGCUAUGAGGACUGGUGAUACUAACUUAAACCCUGGACAGACUCUUACUCAGGAGGCUACGAGUCAGCUCGAUAGUGUCUUUAAAAGUACAGAAAGACCACUUAAUACAGCAGCCCAGAGUCUGCCUACCUGUGAGACUUCAUCUUCUGAAAUAACUGUACCAGCUAGGCAUGUAAAGCGUGAGCGCCAUAAAAAUCCUUGUAGGUAUUUUUUAUCUGGUUAUUGUGCCAUGGCAGGAAGAUGUCAUUUUUGGCACCCUGAAGACCUUCCACCUUUAAUAGCCAAUUCUGAUGUUGAAAAGUCUAGUAAUUAUCGUGGGUCACAAAUUAAGACCCUUAUUAAAACCCCAAGGACACCAGUUACAAGACCUUCUGUUUUAAAAGAGGAAGCCAGAUUGGAAGAAAUUACUCCUGAUGUUGCUGCAUCAUUGAGGGAGACUGAAGUCAGUCAGCUGAUGAAGCGGUUUCCAAAAGACAAGCUAAUAAUACAGGAGAGGGAAGAUGGGAAGUUGACCUACUAUCGAGUAUUAAUUGAAGCUACAGACCCAGACUGGCCUUUUGACUUGAAAGAAAUUGCUGUCAUGGUGAGCUUCCCCGAUGAAUACCCUCUGAAGGUCUUUACUUUGAGUGUACCUGAAGAUCAGGAUCUUCCAGCAGUAAUGGGCAGGUAUAUCUGCAAGGCAUCAGAAGAAUGGCUACAGGGAAAGCAUGCCACCAACAUGCUUAUUGGGAAAACAGAGCUCCUUUUUCGUCCAUAUUUACGUUGGCUGGAUCGAAACAUGGAAAGGCUUUUCACUGAAGGAGCACGAAUGCUGAAAAAAGACAUAGAGGCUGAGAAGGCAGGGAUUGAGUUUGUACCUUACCAGCAACUUCAGGCAACAGUGUCUGCUCCUUCCUCGGAGGAUAAUCAGGGAUUAUCCCAAUCAAACAGUUUUCAGUCUGAGAACAGUUCACAAACCAUAUGUGGAAGUCCUGUUGACAAAGCAGAUAAGGAAUUUGGACAGCAAACAUUUGUGGAGGACACGAAGGAACCAAAUUCUGACCAUAAUGGUGAUUCUGAUAGUUACACCAGCUGUGAUGAUGAUGAUGAUGGUGAUGAGGAGGAGGAGCUUGGUCCUAGCACCAUCUCUGACAAAGUCAGACAGGUUAGCAGCAUCACAGCAUCCAGACGAGGGACUGAGAUGACAUUUAUUGGUCUGCAGCUUGGUGAGGGGACCUCUACUCUUGUUGCAGAAAAGGUCACUGUGUCUCUGCAAUGCAACAGGUGCAAGAUUGCUGCUGAUCUAACAAUGAGUAAGAGACAUACAUACGCUGCACAGUGUGAAAAGUGCAAUGCUCACAUUAGUGCAAUGUUUCGGCCCAGCAUGCUUCAUCAGUAUUCUGCUGUUGUGGGCUAUCUUGAUUUGCAAGGUGUUUCUCCUGUAGACCUUGUCUUAAAGGACAGUUACUUCAUAGUAGGCUGCUUGAACUGCUCCAGUGAAGAACCAAUACAGGGCUUGUCAUAUGGACUUCCAAAAGAGCAUAAUUGUAUACAUUGUCAUGAGAAGCUUAGUGUGCUGGUUGAAGCAACACGGUUUGAGAAAGUCCAGGCCUCUUCACGAACUGGUGAAGGAGGUAAACCUGUAGGUCUUCAAAGGAAGAAGAAAAUCCCCAAGGACCCCUCUAUUCAGCUUGGGAAGCCCCUUCCUGAUCAGGGAGCCUGCAAACACUACAGAAAAAGUUGCCGGUGGCUGAGGUUUCCAUGCUGUGGAAAAGCCUACCCAUGUGACGUAUGCCAUGACAAGGACCAAGACCAUGCGAUGGAGCUAGCCACUAGAAUGAUCUGUGGCUACUGUGCAAAGGAACAGCAUUAUAGUAAUGGAAAACCAUGUUCUGGCUGUGGAAACUUUUUGACAAAAGGUCUGGGAUCUUCUCACUGGGAAGGUGGAAAAGGAUGUCGAAACAAGAUAACAAUGAGCAGGAAGGACAAACAGAAAUACAGCAGCACUGCAAAGACUGUGUCCCGCAGAUCCCAGACAAUUCCUUAAGUCAACAAAACAACUGUAGUACAAAACCAUAAACACUUUGUUAAAAGAAAGAGGUUAUUUUGAGUAUGAGGCUUUAUCAGCUUUAAAAAAAUAAAUAAACUGAAACCUAAGAGUAUUUAUAUUAAAGAAUCAGUCACAGUUAUGUACUUAACUUUCUUAAAACAUGGUAAUUAAAAAGCUGCAGUACAUUAUUUUAAA